AUGCGCUUUAGCUGCAGGGUUUUGGCUGAACCAGGCGAUCUUGCGGCUGCAGAAGCUACCUUUGCACUACAUUCUUCGACGCCGAGAGUGGAAACAGCUUACCAGUUUCACUCGGACAUCCAAGCUGGACGUCGGGUCUCAGGUAGACUGGUACGGAGAUGUUGUGUGCAACGUGGAGAGUCCUCAAAGGCGGGCAUCAGAGCAAUAGAAGUUGGGGAAACGGUGGCACGGAAUGGGUUCGUGGUUUCAUCUUUCGAUCAUGGCUGCUCACCGAAUUUUGUUCUAUGUAGUUCUACCCCUAACGUUCAAGUCUUAUCGUUUGAUCAUAUUUUACCUUCACCUGAUCUUACCCUCGGCCGGCCGGCGCAAACAGCGGCCUUGUAUGCUAAUCUGACUUCGUCAAACUUCCGCAGUCUUCACUCUUUCCUCUAUGCUGCGUCAGCUGGUCCUAGACCGCACAUACGGUACAUCUUACGGCACAUUUUGCCGGCGGGACAUGCCUCGGACAGGGAACGGAUGUACCCCUCCGGCUACAGUGUUGCACUUGACUUGAAGAAGAUGGACUAUCUCGCCACCGCAGACAGAGUGAGUAGUACCCCAUCGCUCCUUUCACUCAUACUAAUAUCGAGCGAACGAACAGACUCAGCGAAUGACUCCGAUGCCUCGGACAACACCUUCAGUGCACCUGGAGAGGCUGACGCCAUUGCCGCCCUGCUGCAACAAUACCCCAAGGACUCCGACACGGACUAUACCAUUCCUCUCACCUCGGACGAACUCUCUAACAUCGGCCUUCAGGCCACACAGCUCAUUGCUGAUGCCUCAGACCCACUGGCGACACUCAAGCAACUCUCGCAAAACUUCCCCGUACGCGAGUUCUAUCGCUUGCUGUGUCGUCGUCAGCAACGCACUCGAGGACGAGAUCGGGUCAAGGACACCAGGGCCCUGUCUAGUGCGAGCAUGGCCUGGCUCAAGGGCGUGCCGCUCAUGGAGAGCGACAUGAACCCGCUAUCGUACGUUCAUCUCCCAUCUGCCCGUUGCAGCCAGCUGACAAUCGGACCCCAGGUUGCUGCGCCUCCUGCGCAAGGAAGGCGCGGUCAUGUGCCAGCUCGCCGCGCUUGGGCCCAACACGACGCAGUCGUUCGACGCCUCACGCACCGCGCCGUCAGCGCCGCCCAGACCGACGCGGACGCGCUCGAUGUGCUCUUUGACGCGAGCGACUGCCCCGAGGGCGGUCAAUGGCCUCAGCAGCUGGCCAAGUACAAGGCUAUCGUCACUCGUCUCAUGGCCAUCGGAGAACUUGCCGCCAUCCCGCUCGAGGAUCGUCUCGAGGCCGACGUCGAGGAGAUCGCUGCCCAUGGUUUUCGUGCUCUUGCCGCUGCGUACGAAGAGAUUGAGGGCAUCGAUACCGAGGCUCAGGUGGGCAGCAUCUUGGCCAGCACAUCUGAUUUUUCUUGGCGCACCAAGUACAAGGCUAUCGUCACUCGUCUCACAGUCAUCGAGGGACUUGCCGCCGUCCCCGUCAUUUGCUCUCAUAUAACCGGUACGCUUGCCACCAACAUGUUUGCGAUCGACAAGAUCACCCUGAAGACAUACGGCCCCCUCUCUGCCGAUGAUGCCAUCCUCCUCUCCGCCUACGCUUCUCAUACCAAGAACUUGGACGCCGCCGAUGUCUGCGCUGUCGGUACCCUCAGCGAUCCGCCGCGCACGCGUGCCGGCAUCAAGCUCCUGGACUUCAAGCCCUUCAACCUGUACCGAAAUCACCUAUCUCGAGGAGUCGUCCGGCGAACUCGAACGUGUUGCUAA